GCCCCGCGGCAGUAGGCGGGGCGGCCGCGUUGCUAGGACUUGGCGAAGCGUGGCGCUCUCGCGGGCGUCCCUCAGUGGAGCCCCGCCGAGGAUGGAGCCCUCCGCGGGCCUCGCCGAGCAGCCUGAGCCCGCCAAGGCUGGAAGAGAGGAGCGAGAGCCGGCGCCCUGGCAGGCCCUGCCCGUCCUGUCCGAGCAGCAGUCGGGGGCCGUGGAGCUGGUGCUGGCCUACGCCGCGCCCGUCCUGGACAAGCGCCAGACCUCCCGCCUCCUGCGGGAGGUGUCCGCCGUCCACCCGCUUCCUGCCCAGCCCCACCUCAAGCGGGUGCGCCCCAGCCGCAGCGCCGCCGCCGGCGCCCACGCAUCGGACCUGCUGCUGUGCCUGGCGGGGCCCUCGGCGGGCCCGCGCUCGCUGGCCGAGCUCCUCCCCAGGCCGGCCGUGGACCCGCGUGGCCUGGGCACCCCGUUCCUGGUGCCCGUGCCCGCCCGGCCGCCGCUCACCCGGAGCCAGUUCGAGGAGGCGCGGGCGCACUGGCCCACGUCCUUCCACGAGGACAAGCAGGUGACCAGCGCGCUGGCCGGGCAGCUCUUCUCUGCGCAGGCGCGAGCGGCCAUGCAGAGCCACAUGGAGGAGGCCGUGGGCGCCGCCCGGAGGGCAGCUGCCCAGGGCCUGCGGGCCGUGGGCGCCGUGGUGGUGGACCCCGCCUCGGACCGCGUGCUGGCCACAGGCCACGACUGCAGCGGCCUGGCCCGGCCCCUGCUGCACGCCGUCAUGGUGUGCAUCGACCUGGUGGCCCAGGGCCAGGGCCGUGGCGCCUGGGACCUCAGAGGCCACCCGGCCUGCUCCUUCGCCCCGGCCGCGGCCGCCCAGGGCGCGCGUGCCGGCAGCGUGCGCAAGCUGGAUGGGAACGAGGACGGCCUGCCCUACGUGUGCACCGGCUACGACCUGUACGUGACCCGCGAGCCCUGCGUCAUGUGCGCCAUGGCCCUCGUCCACGCCCGCAUCCAGCGCGUCUUCUACGGGGCGCCCUCGCCCGACGGCGCCCUGGGCACGCGCUUCCGUGUCCACGCGCGGCCAGACCUCAACCACCGCUUCCAGGUGUUCCGCGGCAUCCUCGAGGACCAGUGCUGCCGGCUGGACCCCGACCCCUAGGCCUGGUGACCUCCACUUCAGACUGCUCUCUGCUCCUGGCCGGCCCGCAGCCCCCGCAGCGCCGUGGCCCUGGACCCUGGGGGCCCCACCCUCGGUGUCUAAGGACACUGACCACCUGGGUCAGCACGCGGGGCGCCCUCAGCCCCGCCCGAGACAGCGGCCUCCUCUGCCGGCCGCGGCAGCCGUGGGACUCAGCUCUGCCUACAAGCCCAGUGGCUGUCUUUCUUUCAGUCCCCGGUCCUCCAGGCUCGGGGCAGCCAUCGUGUGUGAAAAUAA